GUGGCCGGGCGUCCGGAGGGAACGGGUCAGCAGAAGCAGGCGGUAGAGCAGGUGGCGGAGUUAGAGGAGGUGACAGGCGGCAUCGGCUCCUCGACCUGAAGUGGCAACAUGUUCACAGACGACCAUGCUGCGCGGUUUCGGGAGUUUGGUUUUGUUGUUGUUGAAGGCUUUUUCACAGUGGAGGAAUGUGAUUCACUGAGAGCACGGAUCUCUGAGAUUAUCGAUGAGAUGGAUGUCUCUCAACACCUGCUGACAGAAUUCUCAACUCAAGAAAAGGAGCAGACUGAAGCACAGGGAAACACAGAUUACUUUCUGAGUAGUGGGGACAAAAUUCGAUUCUUCUUUGAAAAAGGAGUGCUUGACAGCAAAGGUGACCUUCUUUUGCCAAAAGAAAAAUCCUUGAAUAAAAUUGGACAUGCACUUCAUGCCAGGGAACCUGCAUUCAUAAAUCUCACGUUUUCACCUAAAGUGAAGGAAGUGGCCCAGAAGUUAGAUCUAAAGGAACCUGUCAUUGUGCAGAGCAUGUACAUCUUUAAGCAACCAAGAAUUGGUGGAGAAGUGAACCCACAUCAAGAUGCCACUUUCUUGUACACUGAACCUCUUGGGAGCAUCAUAGGUUUUUGGAUUGCAAUCGAGGAUUCAACUGAGGAGAAUAGCUGCCUGUGGUUCAUCCCUGGCUCCCACAAAGCUGGCAUUACACGGAGAUGGUUGCGAAGCCCAAAAGGAGAGCAUCCUCUGCUCAAAUUUAUGGGACAGGAACGUAAUUAUCCAGACGAUGAAUUCAUCUCUGUUCCAGUAAAGAAAGGUGGGCUUAUCCUAAUUCAUGGACAGGUUGUGCACAAAAGUGCUUUAAACACAUCAGAUAAAUCGCGCCAUGCCUAUACUUUCCACAUCAUGGAUGGUCACUGGAGUGAGGAGAACUGGUUGCAGCCCACUCCGGAACUCCCGUUCCCACCUCUUUACACUUAAACUAUACUUUAGCAACUGGGACUGGAGGAAGAACUGAGGUGAACGGUGAAAUCUCCUGUCUUGUUUAUUGCAAAAUAUAAUAUUUUUAAUUGUUAUUCCAUAUGAAACAUGAACAGCUUUUGCUGGGAGCGCUUUUACUAAAUGUUUUCCUGCAGUAUUGCUUAUAGAUAAUUGUGAAAUAAAUUAAGUUUCUGGGA